AUGGCGAACUUGGAGAAAUCACAGUCGACCCAGGUGGAGGAGGCGGGUACUCCUCCGUCUGAGGCGAGUACGCUUUCAGAGCAGCAUCAGGCGUAUCUUAUUGAACGCCAUGGCACGUUGGAUCUCGAUCCUGUCCCCAGUAUGGACCCGGCGGAUCCGUACAACUGGCCUUCGUGGAAGAAAUCAUGCAACCUAGCACUCGUCGCCUUUCACGCCUGCAUGGGCACCUUUACCGCCGCCGCCAUCAUUCCAGCCUACGAGGAGAUUGUAGAGGAUGUUGGCGUCUCAAUCCAAAGAGUCAGCUAUCUUACAUCUCUCCAGAUUGCAAUCCUCGGCGCCGCUCCAUUACUCUGGAAACCGCUCUCCCACCGAUAUGGACGCCGUCCCAUCUUCCUCGCCUCGCUCGUGCUGAGCUGUGUCUGCAACAUUGGAUGUGCAAAGAGCCCUGACUACGCGUCUAUGGCUGCGUGUCGGGCUCUAGUUGCUUUCUUCAUUUCUCCCGCGAUGGCACUUGGCAGUGCAGUCGUUAUGGAGACUUUUUUCAAGCACCAGCGUGCCAUGUACAUGGGGGUGUGGACGGUCAUGGUGACUCUCGGCGUUCCAAUCGGACCAUUCAUCUUUGGUUUCGUUGCCGAGCGGGUUGGAUAUCGCUGGAUUUACUGGACAUUGGCCAUUACCAACGCGGUUCAAUGCAUCCUAUACGCCUUCUUCGGGCCCGAAACCCGCUACCUCGCUCCAUCCUCCUCGCCUGUGAAAACCCAAUACCUCAGGCUCGCUCGCAUCGAUCGAACCCCGUUCACAGCUUACGAAUUCUUCCACCCCCUCACACUCUUUACAAACAUUCCCGUCCUCAUCUCUGCAGUUGCCUACAGCAUGGUGUUCCUCUUCGGCUCAGUGCUCAACUCGGUCGAAGUCCCACAACUCCUGCAACAGAAAUUUGGGCUCUCCGCGUCGCAGCUCGGCUUACAAUUCCUCGGACUCAUUAUCGGCUCGCUGCUCGGCGAGCAGAUUGGCGGUUACACCUCGGAUGCGUGGAUGAAUCUCCGAGCCCGUCGGAUUGCCGCAAGCCCGCAGAAUCAUGGAAUCACUCGCCCACCCGCCGAAUUCCGUCUCUGGCUCUCUUAUCCUGGCUUCCUCAUCACGAUUGCGGGAAUGGUUACGUUUCUCGUCUGCACCGAGCAAGCCCCAACCGGACACUGGAGCGUCAGCCCAAUCAUCGGCACGGGUAUCGCCGCCUUUGGCAACCAGAUCGUCACUACCGUGCUUACAACCUACGCCGUCGACACAUAUCCAGCCGAUGCGGGAAGCGUAGGCGUGUUCAUCAACUUUGUUCGAUCGACGUGGGGAUUCAUCGGUCCGUUCUGGUUCCCGGACAUGUUUGAAAGUGUGGGCGUUGCGGGGAGUUCUGGGGUGGUGGUUGCGCUGAUUAUGGGCUGUGGGUUUUUGCCGAUAGUUGGGUUGCAUUUCUGGGGAUCGCGGAGUCGAAAGGUGGUGGAGUAG